AUGCUUGGGGUGUCGACGCUGCGGAGCCCUAGCAGCAGCAAGGCGGAUCAGCACUGCGGCGGCUUUGUCGGCGACCACCAUGUGGUGUUCCCGACGUCCGGCGUCGGGUCCGACUGCUGCGACGGCUUCGCCAUGGUGGACGUGGACGACAACCUGCUGGACUACAUCGACUUCAGCUGCGACGUGCCCUUCUUCGACGCCGACGGGGACAUCCUCCCGGACCUGGAGGUCGACCCCACGGAGCUCCUCGCGGAGUUCUCGUCCACCCCGCCGCCGGACGACCUGCUGCUGGCCACCGCGAGCCCGGCGGCAGUCCACGUCGACGACGAGGCGGCCAACAACAAGGCGCCGGUGGUGCCGGACGACAACGUGAAGCAACAUCACCUAGCGGCGGUGACGACAGUAGCACAAGAGGAGAAGCGGUUGUUGGAGGAGCAAACAUGUGGUGAUGAGAAACAUGUGGCCGCCAGCAAGCAGACGACGGAGGAGGAUUCUUGUGCCGGGGCUGCCGUGUCCGACACCAAGUCGUCGGCGUCGGCGUCGGCAGAGGGCCACAGCAAGAAGAAGCUGGCACCAGGGAAGAACUCCACGGCAAGCGCAAGGGAGAGGGAGGGCAGAGCAAUGGCGACAAUGAAUAGAGCCAUGGGAAUCCCCGUGUACGCAGGCUCCCUUUUUGCGGUGGACUGGACGCCGGAGCUGCACCGGAGGUUCGUGCAGGCGGUGGAGCAACUGGGCAUCGACAAGGCCGUGCCGUCCCGGAUACUAGAGAUCAUGGGCAUGGACUGCCUCACAAGACACAACAUUGCCAGCCACCUCCAGAAGUACCGGUCGCACAGAAAGCACCUGAUGGCGCGGGAGGCGGAGGCCGCCACCUGGGCGCAGAAGCGGCACAUGUACGCGGCGGCGGCGGCGGCGGGCGGCGGAGUAGGCGCCCCGAGGACGGACGCACCACACGCCAGCCGGCCGUGGGUGGUGCCGACCAUCGGGUUCCCGCCGCCGGCGCCCCCGCCCUUCUGCCGGCCGCUGCACGUGUGGGGCCACCCGCCCCACGCUGCCGCGGCUGAAGCGCCUCCGACUCCGACUCCGAUGCUGCCCGUGUGGCCGCGGCACCUGGCGCCGCCCCGGCCGCUGCCGCCGUGGGCACACCCGCACCCGCCGGCCGUGGACCCGGCGUUCUGGCACCAGCAGUACAAUGCGGCCAGGAAAUGGGGUCCACAGGCAGCCGCAGUGACGCAAGGGACGCCGUGCGUGCCGCCGCCCGCCGCCGCCAUGCUGCCGAGGUUUCCGGUGCCGGGGAUGGUGCCACACCCCAUCUACAGACCGGCGAUGGUCCCUCCGCCGCCACCGCCUCCGCCGCCAAGCAGCAAGCUCGCCGAACUGCAGCCUGAGCUCGACACGCACCCGUCCAAGGAGAGCAUCGACGCAGCCAUUGGAGAUGUUUUAGUGAAGCCAUGGCUGCCGCUUCCCCUGGGGCUCAAGCCGCCGUCGCUCGACAGCGUCAUGUCCGAGCUGCACAAGCAAGGCGUACCAAGCAUCCUAACGGCGGCGGCCACCACCGCCACCGCCGCCGGAUGA